AUGUCGUGGCAGCAGGGCGGGCAAUAUGGGCAGCAGCCGAAUCGCGGCUACUACAACGUAAACCCUCCCUACGGACAGCAGCCGCAAGAUGAUGGACAACGGGGACAAUAUGGCCAGCAACCGCAGUACCCGGGGCAGCCGACCUACAGCCAGCAUCCCACCUACGGCGCGGGGAAUGGCUCUGUGCAACAGCCACAGAGUGGAUACUACGAGGGGCAGAUGCCGCAACGGCAGCCGUCGAAUGCGCAGUAUCCAGGUCAGCCGCAAUACCAGCAGCAGCAGCAGACGUACCAGUACAAUCCUCGCGAUUACGCGCAAACUCAACCACAACCGCAGCCUCCACCAACGACACAAUACAAUCCUCAGAACUACCCUGUCCGGACGUCCUCUACGUACAGCCCGCAGCAGUACAAUCCACAGCACUAUAGUCCGGCUGCGACGUAUUCGAGCCAAUCGAGUUUCGCGGGUGCUACUAGCGGGCCCAUAGAUCCUUACGGCUACGCUGACGUGCCGUACUCUCCCCAAGCGUCGAGCUAUGCGCAAUCACCACAACGGCCAAAUUUCAGUCCGGUGCCCUCAUACAGUCCGCAGGUCCCAAGCCAUGGCUACGGGUAUCAAAACCAGCAAAGUCCGCCUCCACAACAACAAUACGGACGAUACGAUCCACCUUUGUCCGCAGCAUCGCAGCCGCAGGAUGUACCGUAUCCGACGAGUGAUUGGCAGCCUCAUCCGCAAAGCAUGAGCUCUCAGCAGUCAUCACAAUAUUACCAUCAGCCUGCGUCUGUCUUUGCCGGCGCAACGGACGACUACCGACCUUCACCUCCUUCCCACGAUCAAUCUCCUUCACCUCUUUACCAUACCACGUCGAAUGCUUCAUUACCUUCACCGCCUAGUAAUGGGCCGACGCCACCUACUCAUGCACCCACAAGAAGUGGUACGACCGGCCGACAUCCGCAAUCACGACCUUUACCGGGGCCUCCAGAACCAGACGCCGGUUACUUCCCAACCUCCCGCAGUCCGCGCGUGGAACUUUCGUUGGAGGAACAAGAAAGGCUGACUCAAGAGGACCUCUUCCAGCAGGUCGAGAGUGCAGUUUUGAAUGCUGGUAGAACGACUGGGCACAGCCCUGCUAUCUCUGUCAGCCAACCUCCUACAAGUGGAGGGACGACUCCGCUGUUUGCGCCGAGCUCGCCCCAUGUGUACAGGAGCGGCAGCAAUGCCAACGGGAGCCUGUCGCCUGCACCUGCUGAUCCACAGUACAGCAGCGACAGCGAUGCCGAAGCAUCAGCUGGCCUUGCGAUGCUGCAGAUGGCGGAGGAAGAAGACGUCAGGCGAAGGCAGAGUGCUGGGAGUCAGAUGCGCUUCAGCAAUGGCUACGGAUCGCAACGAAGCUCGCGGCAGCAGCAGCAUCUCAUGCCUCAGCCAGAAGCCAGCGAUAGCGACGAUUACGGAGGGGUGGAUAUGAGCUCUUUCGGAGGCGGCUACGACGUUCAAAUGACAUACGGUGGAGAUCCGAGUGCUUUGGCGGUGGGAGGCGAGGCCAACGGGCACGAUCCAUACGGACAGCCAGUGUCCCAGCACAGCUCUAUGCGCAGCACGCGAAGAUCGAAUCCUUCACAGUCAAGCCAAGCCAGCCACGAGUACGAUUAUAGAAUGGGUUCCUUCAGCCCGUUCAUGCCAUUCAACCCCGAGGCAAGAGUGGAUGCACCGGGUACUGGCGGGUUAUCGCAGCCCUCAGCGGAUGGACGGAGACAGAGCUACGAUGAAGGCGAUGAAGACAUCUUCUCAGAUUCUCAUCGCUUCCCUGACGAGCCUCCAGAUAUCUUUUAUCAGCCAGCGUCGACCUCAUAUCGACCGCUACCUGCUGUCCCUGGUGGCCAAGUUCCACCGACGAUACAGACAAAUGUUCGACAAGCGCAGGAAGGAGCGCCAUACCCAAGUGGCCCGGACACCUUCUACAACAACUACCAGCAACCGCAGUUCGUGCCACGGUCUACCUCUUUAGUAAGCCAUACGAAUACGCCACCCGUGCAUCAGCCUCUGCGGUCAAAGACGGAUGCGGAAGAGAGACGAGCGCGAUUGACGCCCAGAGGAGGGUCUCAGCUGUCCACUAUCUCAUCAACGCCGUCCUUGACACCUGCAGUCGAUCUCCCGACUAUUCCUGGCAAGCGUUUCAUCCCGUCACAGCUUGGUGCUCCAGCCUUCAAUAAAUGCGAGGCACCAUGGAGCUUGAGCUCUAUCCUGCAGUGGCUAAUGCAGAUCACGAACCCCGAGCAAGCUCUUGAGAUCAGAGAAGGCGAGAUCAAGGAGGCUUUGGUGCUGCUGUUCACGAACAAGGUUCCCACCAUGAACAUCGCUGACGCUGAGACACUGAGCAAUAGAGUGGUCCAAGAUAUGUACGAUGCUGAGACACUUAUGGCGACUGAGGAGUGGGUCAAGAUCAUGCCAGGACGGAUGUCGGGCGUGAUCUUCCAGCUCACUGGUGCGGGAUGUUAUGCUCCUACCGUCCAUGAUCAUAUCGUGCCUGGGCGAUGCUACUCUCACCAUUGUCAACGGACGUUGAAGAAGGUCAACCUGCGUGAACAGCCCGUCCGGGCAGGCGAGAGCUGGGCGGAGUUCUAUAAGCUGAAGAAGGAAGACUACGAAGGCAGGGACAAGCGCGAGCUCGAACGACAGCACGUCCUUCAUGAAGUCGUCCAGACGGAGGAUGGCUUCAUCGACCAGCUGAACGUGCUUCGUGUGCUCUAUCGAGACCCACUCAACAAAGUCGAGCCUUCCAUCAUCACGCCCAAGCGGAAGGAAAAGUUCUUGCAGGAUGUGUUUGGCAAGGUCGACGCCAUUAAGCAAGCAAACGUUGACCACCUUCUACCACAGCUGAAGUAUCGGCAGCAGGAGCAAGGUCCAUUCAUCGUUGGGUUCUCAGACAUCUUCCGGCAGUGGAUCCGAAAAGCGAAAGCAGCGUACAUCGACUACGCGGGUGGCUUUCCUGGAGCGACCUUCUUGGUGCGGCAGGAGAUUGACCGGAAUAUUGAGUUCCGAAACUUCAUCGAUAGGGCGAGAAGUGACAAGCGCUCGACCAAGCUGGGCUGGGACACCUUCCUCAAGGCACCCAUCACGAGACUGCAGCGGUAUACGUUGCUGCUGAGUACCGUGCUGAAGACCAUGAAGACGGACAGCGAGGAGAAGACGAAUCUCAAGAUCGCCUACGACGAAGUCAAAGCCGUUACGAUGGAAUGUGACGCCAGAGUUGCUGAAAUGCAACGGAAGGUCGAUCUGACUGAUCUAGGCUACAAGCUGGCUUUACGAUCAAACUUGAAGCAGAAGAUUGAGCUGAACCUGGACCACUUCGGGCGUGAGAUGAUCCACCGCGGCGACGUGCAGAGGAUGGGCGACAGUCGGUUUACGUGGAUUGACAGCCAUGUUAUUCUGUUUGAUCACUAUCUGGUGAUCGCCAAGACAGUCACACAGAGGACUGAGCAGCAAGGCAAGAUGGAGAAGUACGACGUCUCGAGACUGCCGAUACCGAUGGAUCUGCUGAUCUUGGACUCCGCGAACGACCCCGCUGUGCAGAAGAGCUCGUAUGUCAAGGGCAUCACCUCCGUACGGGAUGUGACUGGCAGAAGCGGAACGCCACAGGAUCAAGCCGGCAUAGGGAGGGUACCAAGCAAUCAAGGCCCAGGCCCUCAGCUGUCACAAACCAACACUGGCAUGUCGAACAACCAUUUGCAAACGGUCACCUCACUUGGCGACGGUAAGGAUGCUGAUAGGAUCAUGUAUCCCUUCCGCGUCAAGCACCUUGGUCGUGACACGUACACGCUCUUCGCGCCAACCGAGCAGGCGAGACGAGAUUGGGCUAACAAGAUCAUCGAAGCUAAGACGAAGCAUGCUGCUGGUCUGUACCAUUCGAAUUCCGAGCCAUUCAAGCUUAGGGUCAUGGCGGAUUCAGCGUUUGUGUACGAUGCCUUUGGCGGCUCGGGCAACAAGAGCUUCGUCAUCAAAGGCACACCGGUGGACAGGGCGAUCAAAGAGGUCGAGCAGAGGUUCAAGGAUAGCGGGAGGCCUGGUCCGAUAUGCAGGGCUAGGGUCAACUGCGCGACGACUUGGACAACGCCACCUCCGGAUGAGGAGACGCCGGGUAAGGACAUGGUCGCGGUAGGCACCGAUUAUGGUGUCUAUAUCAGCGAGACUGACAACCCGCGCGGCUGGACGAGGGCCAUCAACCUGCCCCGCGUGACUCAGCUUUCCGUCUUAGAAGACUUCAACCUCUUCCUCCUCAUCUCCGACAAAUCGCUCAUGGCCUACCACCUCGACGUUGUCUGCCCCGCGACCGGCCCCGUCAGCACCACCACCAACGGCGGCCGCCCGUCCACCUCUUCCUCCGACUCGCUCGCCAAAGCGCCCAAAAAGAUCUCUGGCAGCAAGGACGUCGGCUUCUUCGCCACCGGCCGCAUGAAGGAGCGCACGCUCGUCUUCUACAAGAAGCGCGAGAACCUCAACUCCGUCUUCAAAGUCAUCGAGCCCAUCUACUCCAAAUCCGCGGAGAAGAAACGCGGCGUCUUCAAACGUGGAGGCCCGACAGACUUCUUCCGGGAGUACGACGAAUUCUACAUCCCGGCCGAGUGCAACGCGCUCAACCUCUUCCACUCCUCUCUCGCCGUCAGCACGGCGCGCGGGUUCGAAGUCUUGACUCUGGACAAGAAGGUCCCGCAUUCCGUGCCCGACCUCCGAGCAGCCGAAGUCCAGAACAUCGCUGGCCACAUCAAAGACCAGCGCGCGCUGGCUAUGCUCCGCCUGUCAGACCAGGAAUAUCUGCUCGUGUACGCCAACUGCGCCGUCUACAUCAAUAAGCACGGCGAAGUCUCCCGCAGCGUGAUUCUCGAAUUCGUCGGGUCUGCACAGAGCGCCGCGCUGUACGGCGCUUACCUCUUGCUCUUCUGUGAAGACUUCGUCGAAAUCCGGAACGCGCUGAACGGGAGGUUGAUGCAGGUCAUCGCCGGACGGGAGAUCAAGUGUUUAGAUGACGGAGGGAGCUGGAGUUCAGCCGCGGCAAUUGCGGCGCAAGGGGCUAAUGGGGCCGCGCAGGGCGGUGUGAAUGGGCAUGGGAUUAAUGGGUAUUCGGUUGCUGGCAGUCCGGCGGUGGGAGGGAGGACGGUGAAGUUGGUGAUGCAGCAUCCGGAGGCAGAGAGGACGCAGGUGGUUGUUGAGUUGUUGCUGAAGGGGAGUGUGAAUGGUGCGUGA